AUGAGAUUUGUGAGACAUAUAUCCAUAUCACCAUUGAAUAAAGUCGUUGUACAGUCAAAACCGAAGCCUGUUCAUAAAUUCUCAUACGAGAAAGCCAAUAAUGUCCGGAUGAACAGCGACGAUUUGGAGACACCUGAUUCACCCACAAACUUUGGUGAUUAUAAGAGAACAUCGUAUGGACUAAAAGUGUCCGAAGAAGAAGCCCAAAAAAUUCCCUCCAUAUUAGCUUUGCAUGCGAGAUUGAAUCUUUCACCGAAUUUCAAAAAGUCGACCCUUGUGAGAGCUCUUACAUCCAGAAUGAAGAACAAUGACUAUGUUGAUAAUCAUCAAAUGGCUCUUUUUGGAUCGAGCAUGCUUUCCUACUAUACAACAGAGUACCUCAUAACAACCUACCCUCGACUUCCAAUUGGAAUUUUGAAAGCUGCAACUGACGCAUUUGUGGGUGAUUAUCCGCUUCAUGACGUCGCUAAAAACGUCUGGGGUAUUGAGGAAGAUUUGAGUACUAAUCUUGAAAAGUACCUGUCUAAAGAGCCCAAAUUGUUCAGAUUUGGCAGACUUAGAUAUGACAGGCAGGCACAAGAAGUGGAAGCUGGUAUUACAAAAUAUAGUAUCACAUCGGAAACUUCCUUGAGUACUGCUACCGCAUAUGCAAAUAGUGUUAGAGCUAUCGUGGCUGGUGUGUUUGCGGCAGAUGAUGAGCGGGAAACCAAAGAUUUCAUUUACAGACAUAUUUUGUCAAGAAACGUGGAUAUAUCAUCGAUGUUCGAAUUUGAAGAGCCAGGGAAACUUUUAGCAAGGCUCCUCAAAACGAAGAAUAUGGAACUUCCUACUAUCAGGCUUAUCUCUGAAACAGGUAGACAAUCGAGUUCUCCAACGUUUAUUGUUGGCUGCUUCAGCGGAGAUAAUCUUCUAGGAGAGGGACAAGGUACCUCCUUGAAAGAGGCUCGUAUUCGAAGUUGUGUUAGCGCUCUCAAAGCAUUCUACCUUUACAAACCACUUGAACCCCGGGUUCCAAGUGAUGAACGUUUUAAGCCGCUAUUUGUCGAUGAGGGAGAGUCGUUUUAUUGA